AUGACAGACACCGAAUGGAGAAACGAAACGACCAUCACAGAAUUUAUCCUCCUGGGAUUCGGGGAUCACCCUGACCUGCAAAUUCUUCUUUUUCUAAUGUUCCUAGUGAUCUAUAUUGCAACCACAAUUGGGAACACUCUCAUCGUGGUGCUUGUUGUGACAGAUCAGCACCUUCACACCCCCAUGUACUUCUUUCUGGGGAAAUUGUCCUACUUGGAGACCUGCUACACAUCGACCUUCCUGCUCAGGUUACUGGCCAGUCUGCUGACUGGGGAUAGAACCAUCUCAUUCAGUGGCUGUUUCAGACAAAUGUAUUUUUUUAGUUUACUGACAGCUACAGAAUGCUAUCUCCUAGCAGUGAUGUCUUAUGAUCGGUAUAUAGCAAUAUGUAAACCCCUGCAUUAUUCAACUCUUAUGAAUAACAGGUUUUGCCUCCAGUUGGCUGCUGGAGCAUGGUUAAAUUGUUGUUUGGCUAAUACCAUCUUUAUAUUAUUCAUGUCACCAUUAAUAUUCUGUGUCCCGAAUGAAAUUGACCACUUCUAUUGUGACCCCAUCCCACUGAUAAAACUUUCCUGCAGUGACACACAUCUGAUCAUAUUGAUGGAUUUCAUACUAAUCUGUGUAUUCACUCUGCCUCCAUUCCUACUAAUCCUGACGUCCUAUGUGUGUAUCAUUGCCACCAUCCUGAAAAUCCCUUCCACCACUGGGAGGCAGAAAGCCUUUUCUACCUGCUCCUCUCACCUCAUUGUGGUGACAAUUUUCUAUGGCACAAUAAUGAUUGUCUACAUGCUAUCGAAAUGUGAUAAAUUUCAAGACCUGAAAAAAGUGUUUUCUCUUUGCUACACAGUCCUAACUCCCCUGGUAAACCCCCUCAUUUACAGCCUGAGAAACAGAAAGGUCAAGGAAACCUUGUGCAAAGCAGUCAGUAAGUGUAGCUUUCACAAAACAUGCAGAGACUCCGAGAUAAUAACUUAG